AUGGCGGAUGUUUUUCCAAAAAUUGAAUGCACAAUUUGCUCUGGAGUCAUGGAUUAUGGAGAAUCGAAAACAGGAUUUCGAAAAUGUAAUCAUUAUUUACAUUCAAAAUGUUUCGAUAAAUGGAUGGAGGUAAUUUUUUAAUCGAAAACUUUUUAAAAACUUUCCUAGAUUCUAGAUUCCUAGAUUGUGCAGCUCAUCUUGAAUUUUCUAUAAUUUUCAGACAUUCGAUGAUAAAAACACUAACAAACCAUAUUGCCCAUCGUGUAAAGAAGUUGGGAAUUGUGUGGAUACUGUGUUGCAAGAACCAAACGGCAAAUUCAGUAAAACUUCAAGAAACAUUAACGAAAAUGAUGCAAAUGAAGAUCAUGCUGAAGCUGAAAAAUGUGAAGUUUGUUUGAUGAGCUGGAACACUGAAAACAUCGUGACUUGUACUGAUUGCUCAACUUCUGAACACAAAUACUGUCUGAAGAAUCUUCACGAGAUGGAACAAAACAUCUCUUGGUUGUGUGACUCGUGUUGGGUGAAAGUAAGUUUUUUUUGAAAAUUUUGUAUUGAUCGAUUGAACGAAGACUUUCCUGAAACAACUAAAAAUUUUAUCAAAAAAAUGAUUUUUUUUUUCAGAAAGUUGUUUCAACUAAAGGCGUUGUAAAUGUGCCAGUUCUUCCUGAACAUCAAAAAUGGUUUAACCAAGAGCUAACCAAAUGCUUUUACACAAGUUGCCAAGAAAUUUUCAAAACGAAAAAACGAAUUGCAAUCAUUGGAUCAGGACCAUGCGGUUUAUCAGCUGCCAAACAACUCCUUUAUCGCGGCCAUUCUGUUGAUGUUUUUGAAAAAAAUGCAAAAUGUGGCGGGUUAUUGGGAGAAGGAUUUCUUACAAUGGAGAAUUCCAGAUUGUCUAUUGAUGAAUACAUUGAAAAAUUGAAAAAACGAGGGAUUCGAUUUUUCUGCAACAAAAAUGUUAGCAAUACUGAUAUUCGUUUUUGUUUCAAACAAUAUGAUGCGAUAAUCAUUUGCACCGGGGCUCGAAUUGUUCGAAGUUAUUUACCUGCUGAUAUAAAUAAUACAGUUGGGGUAUUUUCCAUGACAAAAUUCUUGCCCUUCGAUGAGGAACGGAAACAAAGGUUGGACGACAUAAAUGCAGCUGAUAAACGGGUUAUAUACAUUACCAACGAUAGAGUUUCCGAAGCUCGUAAGAUAUCGUUUUUUGAAAAAGUGAGUUCCAGAUAAAUUGUUUGAAUAAUCAUUUCUAUAUAAAAAUAUUUCAGCACUGUAAAAAUCUCGAAAUAAUCGAAAUUCUUCCACAACCCAAAAAAGGUUGUAUCAUUGAUACCGAACAUGAAUUACCCGAAUGGCGAUGUUUCAUCAAAAGUGAUUCUGACACUAUGAGAAUCGACAACAGAAAAGAAUUCAAAGGUGUUAGGAUGGAACCGAUUAUCAAACGAAUUAUAACCAGAAGAAGUUUGUUAGGACAACGAAUUUUUGAAGGAUUGGAAACAACCACAGUGACGUUGCCCAUUUCAAACAGCUCUAAAUUCUUCAACGAAAAUUUUGAGGAAUGCGAGAAUAGUAAUAUUAUCACAGCUGAUUUAAUGAUAGUUUCGGAUGGAUGUAUUGAACCAAGAACUAAAUUCACCCCCGACUUUGGUUUGAAUUAUGACGAUUCGUCAAACAUCAUCACAGAUUCAUAUGCUACUGGAACUGACAAAGUUUUUGCUGCUGGAGAUUGUUGCAAUGGUGAAACAGCGAUUUCUUAUGCCGUCAUGGAAGGUUUUCGUGUGGCUCUUGAAGUUCAUAAAUUUGUGAUGGGAAUUAAACCAAGACAAGAAGAGACUGGAAUUUCACAACACUUGUUUUAA